AUGCUCCCACCCAGCAGAGGUCAGGCCUUAUAUAAGCCCGGCAAGAAACAACGUGGAGCCCACACCAACCAAUUGGGUCAAGCAAAGCUAGCACGUGGGACCUUAGACUGUAUGCACACACGUGCGUGCUUGUUUCAGAGCAGGCUUUCUGCUCAGGGCGCCAUGGCUACCCAUCGUCUGCGCCUGUAUACGUGUAUGCAUCUGUCUGCCUCUUUUCUCUGCUUGCACCCAGACAGGCGUGUGUGCUGUCCUAGGCCAGGUCUAAGGCGCCAGCACACAUUUGUACAUCACGCAGCAGGGGACUGA